AUGGCUUCCAAACAGUCGAAACUUCAGUUUGGCAACGCGCGUGGCUCAAAGCCUGCGGCUGCUGCCCAGGGCACCGCUACCAGCGGUCCUCCUCCUCCUGCCGCUGGGCAGCAAGGAGAGCCUGUGCGAUACGUCCGAUAUGCUUCAGAGGCUCCUUCCUUUACCGGCCAGGAAGUCGUGCCAUAUGAGCGACCCCGAUUCGGCGGCCCUCAGGCUGAGGAUCCUCCGGAAUCUUCUGAUCCUCUUCCUGACGACACAAGCCUUGCAUCCGACGCGCUGGUUCCUCCUCCAUAUCUCAACCGCGAUCACGAGAUUGAGGAAAUCAUCCCGGAAAAGAAAGAGGAGAUCAUCACGUGGCUCAAACGUCGUGAUACUUCGACUGUGACAAUCAUUCCCAACCAUAUUGCCGUGAGUGGGGAGGACGAACCAUGGACCAUAUUGCAAUACCUUGCAUGAUAUGGCCACACUGACGAGGAAGAGACUAGAGGAGAGGAGGGUCAGCGAUUGGCGCGAGAGUGACAGAGAGAGGCCCUACAGAUUGUAGGUUCCCUUGAGCGAGGUCCGCCGAUGGAGCAGCUCGAGAGUCGAGCCAGCCCCGAGGGCGCUGAUGGCGUAGCUCAAGAUCACGAAGCCGACAUGGAAAGAAUAAGGGACGGUUUCCCCGAUGUACCGGUCCAACGAGUUGUCGGCGGUCGACAUCUUUGGCCGGUGUUGUGUAGAUUUGGGCACCUUUG